AUGGCUACCGAAGUAGUUCGCGAAUCUAAAAUUCUUCUCACUCCUGACAACUAUGCUCUUUGGCUGCUCCCAAUGAAAGCCAAACUUCCCAAAGCAAAAUCACUAACCAUCGUCACUGGCGAGCAUACAUGUCCUGACCCUAAAGAAGACAAAGAAAACGCCCGACUCUACGUUAAGCUCAAUGAAGAUGCAUACGCCGAAAUCAUCCAACAUCUCAAUCAAGAAAUCCUCGCGUAUGUCAGUUCCACCCUACCCGAGUCCGACGAGUUCAAUGGUUACAAGCUUUGGCAGCUCUUAAAGCAAAAAUACGCCGGCAACGACCUUACAUCAAAAACCACCGCUCUCAAGAAAUAUCUAGCUAUUGAAUACGACUCGUUCUCGUCGUUUCUUCCUCUCAUUCGUUCCGCCAACCAGAAGAUUGUACUGUCCAUACUAGCUCUUGACGAUCAAGUUAAAACGUUUUUAAUGCUCGAUAAGUUACCUCAAGAAUUUCACACGUUCAAGACUAACAUAUCCAUGAACUUCGAGACCGAACCAUUCGAUCAAGUACUGAAGAAACUGGAAGACUUUGCUGCUCAGAACCAAAUGAACGAUGUAAAGAAAGCCACGACUAUUUCACAAACUACGCUGUACACUCAGUCUUCCGAACCCGAUCUGAUCUGUCCUCACUGUAAGCGCGGUUUCAGAGCCUGCUCUCACUGCUUCAAAAGCGGUCAUACCGAAGCAAACUGCUUUCAAAAGCAUCCAGACAAACGCGCGCCCAAGUCCAUCCCUUCCUCUACCAAACAACACUCCGCUCAUCUCACUCGAUACACUCCUGAAGACGAAGAGUAUCUUCAACAAAAAUAUCCGGACCUCCACCUCUAA